CAAGUGAAUUUCAAUAGUGAAAAAUGAAUAUAAAAUUUAAUUCCAAUACAAAUUCAACUGGCAUGCGUCGACAAGGCAAAUUGUAUCCCACGGUUUCGUAAAAUGCAUUUCGAGUCAUAAAUUAAUUUUCCACCGAUAUACGUAGAGCGUGCUAAACUAAAUCGUUAACAAUGGGCGACACAUUGGACGAGACGCCGCCCACGCGACGCGACAAGCCACAAACAUUGAACAUUGGCCAGGAGGAGCAGGUAUCCGAAUCCGCCUCCACCAACACCGUCGCACCCGUGUCCUCAAUAGCCAUUCCCGUUGCCCGCGUACCGCGCCACCGAUUGCGUCACGCGGAUCGGGAUCGGGAUCGGGAUCGGGAUCAGAAACGUGAUCACUCCAGCGACGGCCUGGUUUCGAGUGGCGAACUGCGGGACGAGUUCAUGGGCAUCGAUGCCCAGCCGCGUCGCGAGAGUCUGAAUAGCUGCGAGGUGGGCAGUCCGGGAAUGAUGUCCUCCAGUCUCGGCAAGGCGGGACGGCUCAACAGUUCCAGGUACCCGUCCGGCGGCACUGGUGCCAUUGGCCUGAGCGUCAUGGGCAACCUGGUGGGCACCACCACCCGCAAGUGCGUCCUCACGCUGGACGGGUACUCCUAUGUCAUAGUUGCCAGCACGCCGGAGAGUUUGCCCAGCAAGCGGGACGAGGCAAGUGGUGCGGCGGGCACCACCGGCGGCACAAGUGGUGCGGCAGCGAGCAACAGUGGUGCAGCGAGCGGUGCGGCGAGUGGGUCAGUUGGCCCUGCAACCGGAACGGGAUCGGCGUCCGCAGGAGCAGGUGGUGUCAGUACGCCGGCACAGGAAGCCGCCAGUCCCACGGUCUCCGAGCUCAGUGGCAGUGGCCCAAAUGCGACAAUAAAUGGUCAAGUGGCAAGACACGGCUCACUGACGAUUAUCCGACGCACCAACAGCCGCAACUUCAACCAAUUCGACGGCCAACUGGCAUCGCCCUCAACCACCGCCUGCAGCAGCACAGUGCCGGGAAUUGGCUUCGCCCACACGCCGCUCAGUGAACCACUUGCGGAGCGACUGUGCUACCGUGCCGGUGGAUCCAACGGAUCCGCGUCCGCCGGCGACAGCCGAUCCAGCAAUCAGGUCCCACCAAAUUCCGGACCAGCCGCCAACGCAGCCGCCGCCGUCGCCGCGAAAAUGCAACCAUCAUCGCCGAAUGCCACCAACUAUCUGGCCGAUAAUAUUCAGAUCACGUCGGCCAAUCUAUCGCAAACCGAAAUGGUCGUGGGUCGCGAUUCGGCCGACUAUACCGCCAUGCACUCGAUAAACGUGGGCGUCGGCAACAACUCGUUGCUGCGGGGGGACACCGAUAUUCCGCAGGAGUCGGGACACUCCUUCGAAACGCCCUCGAAUAUAUCGUUCGCCGCCGGGCAAUGGGAUACGGAGAGUUUGCCGCCAGUCGACACGCCAGAUGCUCUUAACAAAGCGGCCGGGAGAAUACGCAGUCUUCUCCGCCGCAUGGAUCAUGAGGCCGUGGCCUACGAGGACAUGCAGCGGAAUCUGCACUACGCGGCUCGUGUGCUCGAGGCCGUCUUCAUAGACGAAUCAAGAAGCCCCACAACAGGUAAAACAAAGUUGGGGCAGAUUGCGUCCUCAUCCGUUGAGAGCGAAGAAGGGGGCUGCAAUGGGAACUGCAAGAACCUGAGCUGCAAUCGCCACAGCCACAGCCACGGACGAGAUGACCAGCAGCAGGACAACAACAACUCGAAUAGCAGCUGCAGCCUGCAGGAGGCGACGCCUGGGGGAGCAGGAGCAGGUGCAGGUGCAGGUGGAGCUGACAACCAGGACAGCAUAGAGAGUCGCACCAAGGGCGUUUCCCAGGCCCCGCAGACGCACAGUGGGCCAACGGGUCCACCACCAUCCGCCAACACACCUGCCCCCAAGCUUCAGCCCGCCCUGGAAACCGUGAGGGAAUCGGUGAUGGAGGAGAGUCCUUCGAAGGACCCCGGCGAGAAGGGACCUGCACCACCGACCACCACCACUACAUCCACCACAUCCUGCAGCUCCUCCAGCGCAACCACAGAGCCAAGUGCCAAGGCGGCUGAGAGUCAAGCGGGAAGUGCCGGCAGCAGUGGCAGUUGCAGUAACCCAGCGGCGGUGCACCGGCAACGGCGCCUAAGGACACCCACCUGGGCCAGGUCCAUGUCGACGAACAAAACGCGCCUGGCCGACGAGGACGAUGAGCUGUCGGAGGUGCAGCCGGAUGCAGUGCCGCCGGAGGUGCGCGAGUGGCUGGCCUCGACCUUCACCCGCCAGAUGGCCACCAGCCGGCGCAAGAGCGACGAGAAGCCCAAGUUCCGCUCGGUGGCCCACGCCAUCCGUGCCGGCAUCUUCGUGGACCGCAUGUACCGCCGCGUCUCCAGCUCGGCGCUCACGGCCUUCCCACCGGACGUGGUCAGGCUGCUCAAGAACCUGGACGACUGGACCUUCGACGUGUUCGCCCUCACGGAGGCGGCCAGUGGCCAGGUGGUCAAGUACGUGGCCUACGAGCUGUUCAACCGCUACGGCUCCAUACACAAGUUCAAGAUUGCGCCGGGAAUUCUAGAGGCAUUCCUGCACCGCGUGGAGGAGGGCUACUGCCGGUACCGGAAUCCGUACCACAACAACCUGCACGCCGUGGACGUGAUGCAGACGAUCCACUACUGCCUGUGCAACACGGGUCUGAUGAACUGGCUGACGGACCUGGAGAUCUUCGCCUCGCUGCUGGCCGCCCUGCUGCACGACUACGAGCACACCGGCACCACCAAUAACUUCCACGUGAUGUCCGGCUCGGAGACGGCACUGCUCUACAACGAUCGGGCUGUGCUGGAGAAUCACCAUGCCAGCGCCAGUUUCCGGCUGCUGCGCGAGGAUGAGUACAACAUCCUGUCGCAUUUGUCGCGCGAGGAGUUCCGCGAACUGCGCGGCCUGGUCAUCGAAAUGGUCCUCGGCACCGACAUGACCAAUCACUUCCAGCAGAUGAAGGCCAUGCGCCAGUUGCUGACGCUCCAGGAGGCGACCAUUGACAAGCAGAAGGUGCUCUCCCUGGUGCUCCACUGCUGCGACAUCUCGCAUCCGGCCAAGCAGUGGGGCGUCCAUCAUCGCUGGACGAUGCUGCUGCUGGAGGAGUUCUUCCGCCAGGGUGAUCUCGAGAAGGAACUGGGCCUGCCCUUCAGUCCGCUGUGCGAUCGCAACAACACGCUGGUGGCCGAGUCGCAGAUCUGCUUCAUCGACUUCAUCGUGGAGCCCAGCAUGGGCGUCAUGUCCGACAUGCUCGAGCUCAUCCUGGCCCCCAUUGCGCCCAUGAACAAGGCCAAGCCCUCCACUCUGGUGGAGCACGAGCCGACCGCCAACUCCACGACCAACUCCGCCAUCGUGAUCCCCAACUCGGGCAUCACGCCCAGCAUGGAGAAGCCACAGGGUCGCACCGAGGCGAAGACCACCGCCGCCGAGUGCCUCGCCCGCAAGAGUCUCACCGGCAGCGCCGCCUCCAAGUUCAGCAUACCCAAGCCGUGGCUCAGCUGCCUGGUGGAGAACAAGCGGAUAUGGAAGGAGCAGGCCGUCAAAGAUGCCGAGGCCCGCGCUUUGGCCACCGCAGCGGAAGAAGCCGCAGCCGCAGCAGCAGCAGAAGAGGCGGAGGAGGGCGAGGGGGAAAGCAAGCCGGAAACGGAAGCGGCCGAUGGCGAGCAGAGUGAGUCAGCGGCGGAGCCGGCAGAUGGCGCUGCCGCCUAAGGGGUGCAGUGCGCCACCUGUCGGCCGGCGGAAAGCUGAAACGGAAACGAAAACGAAAACGGAAUGAAGAGAACACAAGAGGAAACUUUGAUGGUUACACUGAGAGAAGCUGCAAGAAUAUUGUUUACUAAGCUUAGAAUCAGCCUAGAAUAUUAUGGAUAACAAACCGCUUCAAAUGCGCUCUCUAUGUGAAUUGUGGUAGAGUUAGACUAGCGUACAUCAUCUACAUAUACAUAGAUAUAUAGGCUUAGUUGCGGUACACUAAUAUCGAUAUAUAUACAUAUAUGUAUAAAUACUGUACACUGUACACUUUGUUGUUGCAAACGGAAAAGCUAAUUGAAAAACAGAAGAAGAAAACCCAUGAAAAUGGCCAUGCACAAAUACAAGCGAACAGAGGAAAAUAAACGCGUAGAUGUAAAUAGCGAGGAGUUCAACUGGAAUUUGUUGUGAAUUUGUUGGUUCGUUGCGAGCAUUUAUAUUUAGAAUUCAGUUGUACUUGUACUUUGUUAGUUUUAGUCAAAUGUGGAAUUUAUCGUAUGAUUUGUAUAAGUUCGAUGUACGCCAUUUCGUUCUAAUUAAAUACAUAUAUUUUUGUAA